AUGGAACUCAUCAGAGCUAAAAUAACACAUUAUCUUCACCCGUUUCUGGAAAUUACUGCAACUAACGAUACGCCUUUAGUGUCUUUUCGGCUUACCAGCUUGGGUGUAAUUGGUGCCCUAGCCAAGUUUGAUGAUCCAAAUGGGCAAGAAAUUGUCCAUUAUCUUCUUCAAUCAGAGAUUUUCCCUCUGUUCAUCAUGUGCAUGAAUUACGGUGAUGAAACUACACAAAUCGUAUCAGCACUGAUAAUAGUGAAGAUAGUGUCGCAAGAAGAAGGGUUGAAAUACUGCAGUGCAAAUGGUGAACGCUUCUUCACACUGGUUCGAGCGUUGGGAAGAGUGGUGGACAGACAGCCUGAAAGGCCAAGUUUGCGCCUAUUAAGGUUUGUCAUUGGUUGUUACCUUAGGCUUUCCGAAGUUCCAAGGGCAAUGGAUGCAUUCAAAAACUGUAUUCCUGCCAGAAUGACCCAACAGAACUUCAUCACCUCCCUUCGUGAAGACCCACAAAGUGUGAGGAUGCUACAACAAUUAUUUAUGAAUAUUACAAGCCGCCACAACAUUUAG